AAUUCCUCAAUUCUUUUGUUUUCUUUGCAGAUUUCAUUGGGCACAAACACAGAGGCAAUAGCAGCUUCCAAAAAACAGAAAACUAAUUGCAAUACCUCCAUUUUCGCACACCUUUAGUCCCGCAUAUCCUUAAAGCGGCGAGAGCUCAGGAAACAACAAACAAAUACAUCCAUUACGACGAGAGGCUACGCACAAAAAGUAAACUAAACUUACACCGAAAUAUAUGAACAACGCAAAAAGCAUAUGAAAGAUCAGCAACAAAGGUGAAGAGCGUACAAAAAAAAAAAAAACAAAAAGUGCGCUUUCAGAGCAGACACACACAAAGCACUGGAGUAGAACAGAAGGCUAGCGGAGGAGCAGCAACAUAUCCCAUUGAGCUGAAAGUAAUCUAAAUACGCGUUUUCUUUUUCGUACGAAAAGCAUAGCAACGCAAACAGCGAAAUUCCUUUCCACUUUUCUUCCUGCGUAAUUUCUAAGCGCAAAGCUUGAUAGGCAACUAUUUUACUUCCCUUUCUCUGAUCGGCAACAUUUCGGAACGUUAAAAUUCAACCAAUACCAAUAUAACUCUACGCACAGAUCUAACUUGACCCUAACGCUGUGGAAAAAGAGAGAAAAGCAACAACUGUAACCUCUACUACAACUCCAGCUUCACGAGAAAACCGGUGCUCAGCAUUUCGCCUCAUUAUUACAACAAAAUCCUGCGCCUAACGCACGCACAAUGAAAAACGACGUCGUUCGAUGGAGUUUAGCGGCGAAAGCACAAAUCGGAAACGACGGCGCGAUUAGCACAAGCAAAAGCAAAAGCAACUAUAGCAACUGUACGACACGAAAUGUUGCUGUAAAUAGCAACACUUCGUCUUCAAAUGCAGUGACAAAUAGUGAUUGGCUGUUUGGUCAGCAUCAUCAUAAGCAACUUCAACUGCAAUUACAACACCAACUCCAAAAGCAACAACAACAUUGUGAUACUAAUGCAAGUUUUCUUAAUGCAACAACACCAACAACAAAUAGUUUUUUAGUGAACACACGUCAUAGCGUAAGCCACAAUGCGAUCAAACGUAAAUCGAAAUCUACAACUAGUACACAUAGUAGACAUUUCCAACAACAACAACAACUAAUACAACCACAAAAACAACAACAACAGCAUAAUCACUAUUACCAUCACCGUCAUCAGCAGCAAGUGAAACCGCGGACAUUUGUUGCUUUGCAUUUAAAUAGGAUUCUGUUGAAUUGUGUGCAAUUGAGUGUUGUGUUAGUGUUUUUGUUGUGUACGUUGAAUAUCGGUUUCGUGAUUGUGCCGAGCGCCAGCGCCGCCAUUGCCGCUGCCCAUACGAACAAAACAUCCGUUGACCGAAUCGCAGUGAAUGCGAUUGAUGGGGGUGGUAUUGAUGAUUUGGCGCUGGUGUCGGUGCCUUAUCAAUUGGACUACGAGGAGAGUGAGAGCGGGAGCGACAGAUACGGCGGCAGAGAUGGUGCUGGACAUUACACCCACACCUGGGCGGUGCAUAUACCGAAUGGCGAGAGUGGCGUGGCCGAUCAAGUGGCCAGGGAUCAUGGGUUCGUCAAUUUGGGCAAGAUACUACUGAAGAAACCAUAACAACCUUUUUGAAAAAGUAGUGACUUAUUAAAUAGCCGCCUUAUUAUUCUCUCCAUCGUGGCAUCUACGUAUGCUUCAUCAAGCACAAGGUUGCCACAUCUUCAUCAUCACAAAACCAAACUAAACAAAGCAUCACAAGAAUCAAAAAGGGUAAUAAGACAUGGGCAAAAAGUGACAAAGGCAAGGCAAUAGCUUUCGCAAAACACUUAAGGGGGUAUUCUAGUGUAGAGGCAUGAAUUUGAGGUGCUAUAAGAAAAAAUUAAAAAUAUUUUAACUAUCCAUUUUUUAAUAAGAUGUUUAUUACUGUUUUAGAAAUACAAAAAAAAAAACAUUAAAAAUCUCAAAAAACGAAAGCCUGAAAAAGUUAUAAGUUGUUUAAGUUGGGGGUUAACAAAAAAUGGC